GAGAGGGCAGGUGAAAUUCAUAAUGCGCUAUACCCCUCUGGCUCCCUCACAUGUGUCCUUCCUCACCUUCUCCAUCACUCACAGCCUCGUGUCUCGUCCUCAGCAGCUCCCACGUCUCCGACACCGCUUGUUGACACAGAAGUGAGCGAGGACAUGGGCUCCAGCUCCUCCUCCUACGGCUCCAAGGCCGUCUACCUGGAUGUGGAUGGGAAGGUGCAGAAGGUGGUCUUCAGCCGACACUGCAGCCCACAGGACCUCAGGGAGCUUCUGUGGUCCUCGUCUAACAUUGCCAGGAACACUGCCAUUAUGCUGGUGGACCCAGACGGGGCUUCGGUGUCCAUAGAUCCCACCAUGCCCACCAACUCUGCAAAUUUUUUGUACAAAGUUGUCCCCGUGGCUACGAGUCAACAUGAAGAGACGGAGGACGUGUUUCAGAACGUGUUGUCACAGGUGGCUGAGCAGUUCAGCAGGGCCUUUCGCAUUAACGAACUGAAGACGGAGGUCACCAACAGGCUGGCAGCGCUGGAGAAGAGGGUGGAGCUGGAGGGCCUGAAGGCGGUGGAGAUCGAGAGGUGCAAGAACGACGUGAAAAAGCUGCGAGACCAGAUGAGCGCCAAUGGAGGCGGCAGAGGAAACUGCUCCUGCAAGUACGGCCUCUCGGACGACGGCAGGAAGGUGACGCCCAGGAGGGACGUCCCCAGUUACCCCAAGUACACGCUGUCCCGAGAGACUGUGGAGGCGCUGAAGAAGCCAACGUUUGACGUCUGGCACUGGGAACACAACGAGAUGCUGAGCUGCCUGGAGUACAUGUACCAUGACCUGGGCCUGGUGAAGGAGCUCAACAUGAACCCCAUCACGCUCAAGCGAUGGCUGUUGGCGAUUCAGGAGAACUACCGGAACAACCCUUUCCACAACUUUCGUCACUGCUUCUGUGUGAGCCAGAUGAUGUACGGCAUGAUUCACCUCUGCGGCCUGCGGGAGAAGCUGUCUCCCACAGACAUGGGCAUUUUGAUGACAGCGGCCGUUUGUCAUGACCUGGACCACCCCGGCUACAACAACACGUACCAAAUCAACGCCCGCACGGAGCUGGCCGUGCGCUACAACGACAUCUCACCGCUGGAGAACCACCACUGCGCCGUGGCCUUCCAGAUCCUGUCGCUCCCCGAGUGCAACAUCUUCGCCAACGUGGACGCCGACGCCUUCAGACACAUCAGGCAGGCCAUUAUCACGCUGAUCCUGGCCACGGACAUGGCCAAACACGGAGACAUACUGGACUCCUUCAAGCGAAAGGUGGACGGCUUCGACUUCACCAGUGAAGAGCAUGUGACCUGUCUGAAGAUGGUUUUGAUCAAGUGCUGUGAUAUUUCCAACGAGGUGAGGCCGACCGAGGUGGCCGAGCCGUGGGUGGACUGUCUGCUGGAGGAGUACUUCAUGCAGAGCGACAGGGAGAAGUCUGAGGGGCUGCCGGUCGCUCCCUUCAUGGACCGAGACAAAGUCACCAAACCCACUGCGCAAAUCGGAUUCAUUAAGUUCGUCCUCAUCCCCAUGUUUGAGACGGUCAUGAAGCUGUUUCCUCAGAUUGAAGAGAUCAUGGUUCAACCUUUGAGAGACUCCCGUGACCACUACGAGGAGCUAAAACAGUUAGACGACGCCAUGACAGAGGAUUCUUCAUUCGUGAUCAAACCCACGAAAGGCUUGAAAAAAUGCGAGUGAAGACGAUUUGGGGGCGACGGACAGCGCAGGAGGCCACGAGAAGACUCUCCUAAACAUAGACGUCAAAGCUUCACACUGUGACCUUUGACUUAGCGACUUAGUGUUUACUGUACCACAGAGGGACCUGGCGACCUCGCUGUGUUUGUGGGCCUCUCUGCUAAUUUGAUGUUCUGGGGCAAUGACCAACCUCGUGAGGGUGGUGCAGGACCUGCACGUCUCUAACCUGAGCCUGCAGAGAGGCGUUCAAGCAACCUUCUAUUGCUGCCUUUUCGACUGGAUGGAUGGAAUCAGCCAGCACGUGUUGAAAACUAGCUCAUUAUGCUACGCACAAAGGUGCCACUUAUCUCCCACCCACACACGCCCUCCUCCCUGUCCCUUAGCCUCUCUGAGCCAGAUCAGGUCUGGAAGGGUUCCUCCAGCUGCACCGUGAUUUCAUCAGUCUUUUUUUUGGUUUUAGACAACUUGAAUGGGUGGACAUAUCCCCAGUGGGAUAUUAAGCGGGGUAUCAUAGCACAGCAUGUAUUACCAAAGAUAUUCUCUUCAGCUUUGGCCUUGUGUACAGCCUGUAGCUUGCUCCAUAUCAGUCCUUCUUGUUGCCCAUGCUGUGUUUGUCGUUCUUCUUUGUGAGUUGUGUGCUUUUAGGCCCGAUCGUCUCGAAUGCACGAAAAAGAGGAACCGCACGUUGUUCUGGCAUCCGAGAACGAGGGAAAGCGAGCGAGCGCACUCGUGUUUGUGUGCAGCCUGAAUGGAUGUAAUUGCCCAUCACCUUCCCCACAUAGCGUGACAGGGCGUUUGGAAAUGAACCUGCAGGAACGCACACGUCUUCUUGGAUUGUGAUGCCGAGCGCUCACCGAUUAAAGGAACGUGAAUAAAAACCUGGUGAAUGACUUUUA